AUGUGUUGUUGUUGUUGUUGUCAUCUGGCUUGCUGUUACAAAGGAUUACCGGCGUAUCUUGCGAUUAUAGCAUUGUUUGAAUUUAUACUUGGUAUUGUACGUAUUGCUGUCUUUUUUUCGCCAUCAUCAUUAUUAGUAACAAAUAACAAGGCUGUUGCUGGUUUUAUUUUGGAUUGGAUUUCAUGUAUUAUACCAACUUUAAUGGGUCUAUUAGUUGCAUUAACAAGUUUAAUCAUUUUAUGCGCAUGUUUAGCUGCAAUGGGCGAUCGGAAUACAGCAGAUACACGCGAAGAGGGUUCAACAGGAAGUGCUCUAAAACAUCUGUGGAAAAAUAAACCGCUACAGCGUCUAAUACAAUUAAGUUGCAAUUGUCCAUGUUACAUUGUUCGACCAAAACUUCGAUUUCUAAUAAGACUUUUAUUUUUAUUUGCCUGUUUUAUUUUUCGGAUUAUUGCUAUUGCUCUAUAUGCAUCAGCUGGUAGCGAUACAAGUGGUGGUUCACUCGCUGGUAUUUGUGCCCUAUCACUAGUAUGUUUGUUUUUUACAUUCCUAAUUGACCUAUAUCAGUACUGUGUCUGGUGGCAUUAUAGACCUCAGUGUGACACUAAGUGCAGUAUGGUAUCGAAGAAGCAUAAACGUUAUAUUCCUUAUCAUUUAAUGGGUGAUAAUCGAACCAUGCGUCUUGGUGAUAAACCUUGUCCUAAUAGUUUUCAAUGCAGAAAUCGUCAUUUAGAACAUAUCCUCAUAUUUCACUCCAAAGCUUUUAAGCCACAAGAACGUUAUUGUGAUGUUCAACAAGAAUCUUCAGGAAAAAAUCUUUAUAUUGGUUUUCAUCGAACAACGCCGGAAGCAGCUGUGACCAUUGCCCAUUCAGAUUUUGCAAUUAGUACCAAAUAUGAAAGUACUAUGCUAGGUCAUGGUGUCUAUUUUGCUCGAUCAAUGGAAGAAACCGAAGGUAAAGCUAAUGCUGAUGGUGCAUAUAUAUGUGCUGAAAUUGAGAUGGGUAGAGUUAAAGAAGUAGGCCCGGAAGAUAGAAACUCUCUGCGAGGCACAACACAUUUGUGGAAAGAAUAUGAUACAGUUUAUUACAAUCAUCCUAAUGACAGUCGUGAUGAGUUUUGUGUCAAAAGUACAGAUCAAAUAUUAAAAUGGGUUAUGGUGAUCAAUGAAGAAUAUGAUAAAAAAGUUCGAAACUAUGGACUAGACACAGAAUUUAGUGAUACGACAUGCGGAUGCAUUUAG